AUGCUGUCGGCGGGCGGCGGCUCCGGCCCCGGCGGGCCGGGCGGCUCCGGGCCGGGGCUUGGCGGCGACGGUGAUUUCCUGUCGCGGUACCGGCUGGUGUCGGCCAAGCUGCGGCGGCGGUUCCUGCGGAAACCGAAUGUGGCGGAGGCGGCGGAGCAGUUCGCGGCACUGGCGCGGGAACUGCGUGCCCAGGAGAGCCUGCCCUACGCCGCCUGGUGCCAGCUGGCUGUGGCGCGCUGCGCCCAGAGCCUGUUCAACGGCCCCGCCGAGGCGGCCGCGCUGGCCGAGGCCGCGCGGCUCUUCUUGCGCCAGGAGCGGGACCUGCGGCAGCGCCUGGGGUUGCGCGGUGGCUUCGGCGAGCACGUGGCGGCGGCGCAGAGCUGCGGGGCCUUCGCCGCCCGCCUGCAUCUGGAGCGGGGGCAGCCCGCGCUGGCGGCCGGGCCGUGCCUGGAGUUGGCGGCGGCGCUCCGCGACACGGGACAGCCCGCCCGCGCCGCCGCGCCCCUGCAGCGGGCGGCGGAGCUGCUGACGGCGGCGCGGCUGCCGCUGCAGGCUCUGCGCUGCCUGGCCGAGCGCGCGUCCUGCCUGCUGUUGGCCCGCGACUACGCCGGGGCGCUGGCCACGCUGACGCGGGCGCAGGCGCUGGCCGGGGCCGGACUGGGCGGUGCGGCCGGGGCCGCGCCCGGCGGCGCCUUCCUGGACGUCCUGGCGCGCUGCGAGGUGUCGCGGGUGCUGCUGCUGCUCCUGCUGCAGCCGCCGCCCGCCAAGCUGCUGCCCGAGCACGCCCGCACGCUGGAGCAGUACUGCUGGGAGGCGCCCGACGGCGGAACGGGCACCGGGAGCGGCUCUGGGACGAGCGGGGGGCUGCCGCCGGCCGCCAGCUACCUGCCGGCCGAGCUGUUCCUGCUGCUGCAGUCGGCAGUGCUGGCCUGCCAGGAGAAGGACGCGGAGGCCCUGAAAGCGCUGCAGGCCGAGCUGUGGCCGCUGCUGAGCGCCGAGCAGAACCAUCUGCUGCACCUGGUACUGCAGGAGAUGCUGAGCCCCGCCGGACAGGGCCUCUGAGCGCCGCCGCCCGCAGGGACUGGUCGCUUCAGCCGGUGCCAGCACAGACUUUAUCCCGUUAUUUAUUUUUAAUACGAGUUCUGUAACGCAGUGAAGUAAUGGUUGAUGAGAGAAUGCAUUCACUUUCCCUGUGUUACAGUAAACUGCUCACUGUAUGUACUGAAAGUUGUCAUGCUUGGAAGAAGUGUAACCCUAAAGUAGAAAGGCCAUUUCAGGGCAGAAGGAAGUUGUUCAUUAAAAGACUGGCUGUAACUUGUA